GCCUGUUAGCACUGACAACUCUCCUGCUGCACCUGACACUGGUCGACGAAUCUUGCCAAAAUGUGCGAAGGAAAACCAACCAACCUGCAGGCGGCCAUGUGGAUCAUCUGUGAGGUUUUUGACAAAUACGCCGGAGCAGAGGGGUGCAAGGACACCAUGACCAAGAAGGAGGUCAAGACCCUCAUGGAGAAUGAGCUGCCCGAAGUUUGCCAGGCUGUAAAGGAGGUCCCAGAGGCACAAAAGAUUCUGGAAGACCUGGAUUUUAACAAAGACGGAGAGAUGGACUUCAAUGAGUUCAUUGUAUGCGUGUCCAGUAUCAUGUGCAUGAUUAGACAUGUCUGCAGUGCCAAGAAAUGAGAGCACCUGAAUAAAAUGACUACUAAUA